GCCAUUUUUGUGAAGUUACAUCCUCAACAAGAUGAAGGAGGCUUGCUUAGAUUCAGCUGUAGCAGACACGGGCAAGGGAAAGAGUAAGUUGUCGAAGCAACUAAGACAUGGAUUUCACUUGGUAAAGGGAAAAUCAUAUCAUGACAUGGAAGACUAUGUUUUUGCACAGUUUAAGCAAGUGGACAAGAAUGAGCUCGGUCUGUUUGCCAUAUUUGAUGGCCAUGUUAGCCGUGAAAUUCCCGAUUACUUGCGGUCUCAUUUGUUCGAGAAUAUACUUAAUGAGCCUGACUUUUGGACUGAGACGGAGAAGGCAAUCAGAAGAGCAUAUCGUGUAACCGACAAGACAAUAUUGGAUAAAGCAGUUGAUUUGGGUAAAGGCGGUUCUACUGCAGUUACUGCAAUUCUGAUUAAUUGUCAAAAGCUGGUUGUUGCUAAUGUCGGGGACUCUCGGGCUGUUAUCUGCAGAAAUGGAGUGGCAAAACAAUUGUCAGUGGAUCAUGAACCUGACAAGGAGCGCAAUCGUAUUGAGGACAGAGGUGGUUUUGUAAUUAAAAUUCCAGGUGACGUUGCUCGUGUUGAUGGAGAGUUGGCAGUAGCCAGGGCUUUUGGUGAUAAGAGCCUGAAGGAACACCUUAGCUCAGAGCCUGAUGUGGCAGUGCAAAGUAUAGAUGAUGACACAGAGUUUUUCAUCCUGGCAAGCGAUGGUAUAUGGAAGGUAAUGACAAAUCAAGAAGCUGUGGAUUGUAUCAAGGACAUCGAGGAUGCUCAAGCAGCAGCAAAGCGUCUUGCUGAGGAAGCAGUGGCGAGGAAUAGCAGUGAUGAUAUUUCAUGCGUUGUGGUGAAGUUUUAAUGAAUCUAGGCAGGUCUUUGAAGCAUCACUUAUGUUUGUAAACUGUCUAGUAUUUUGUUUCUUGCAAAAAAAACCUUGUCAGUCUUGAGAUGUCUAAAUCUAUAUGUUUGAACUAGUCACAAUUGUGCACUUACAUGCAGUCGUUACUGAUAUAUAGUUGUUCAAGAAUCGUUGUAAACUUUGACCAAUUUGUACUGUAAAACUUGGCAAUUUUGUACAGUAUAGUAAAACAAUACUACUAUUUUUUCACUUUG